AUGCUGCGCAUCUCUGUCGCAAGAACGAGGCAACUCGCUGCCGGCUCUGUCGCGCCGAGGCUCGGUUCCCAAUGGCUUCACGCGCGCCGGCCCGCUCAGAUGGCCUUCGGCCAGCGCUACUUUGCCGACGCCAAGAAGACCGAUGAGACUGUUCUGCCCGGCUCGCAGAGCGCGAAAGUUGCCGACGACAUUCCUCCUCCGCCGAGCACCACUCCCGCAAACCCUACGCCCUCCGGCACCGAGGUUCCUCUGACCCCUCCUACACCUGACCAGGUCAACGCUCAGUCGCCCGCUACCGGUUCGGCUGGUGCUGGCGUUCCCCUUGGUACUGGCAGCGCCUCCGUCGGUCCUUCUUCCGUUCCGCCGCCUAAGAAGAAGAAGGGUAGCUUCCGCCGCUUCCUGCUCACCCUGCUCACCCUGACUACGCUCGGAUACGCUGGCGGUGUCUACUACUCGCUCAUUUCCGACAACUUCCACGAUUUCUUCACCGAGUACGUGCCUUUCGGCGAGGAUGCGGUUGGCUACUUUGAGGAGCGUGAGUUCCGCAAGCGCUUCCCCGGCGGCGCCGCUAGUCAGUCCAGGCUGCACCAGCAGAUCCGUGGCGAGAACAAGGUCACCAUUCCCAGCAAGAGUGGUCUCUCCUGGAAGCUUUCCGACGACAAGGAGGACUCCAAGAGCGGCGCCGACUUGUCCAAGUCUGGCAGGCAUACUAGCGCAGUCGAGGAUAACAAGGCUGCCGCUCGCAGUGAAGAGAAGCCUAACCCUCCUGCUACCAAGGCCGCGAAGAAGGCGAAGGCCGCUCCCGCUGCCGCUGCCGCUGCUAUUACCCCGAUUGAUAAGGUCAACCUUGACGGCGCUACGGAACCCGUCGUCCAGGAUGUUGUCAAGAUCAUCAACGACAUUAUCACUGUGAUCAAUGCCGAUAACGCGGGCUCCAAGUACGAUUCCGCCAUCUCCAAGGCCAAGGGCGAGCUCGGAAAGGUCAUCAACGACAUCCAGACCAUGAAGGCCGUUGCCGAGAAGCAGACCGAGGACAAGAUCAGGAACCUGCACAUCGAGUUUGACACUGGUGCGAAGGAGCUCGUCCAGCGGAUUGAGGCCGAGAUGCAGAGCCAGGAAGCCCGCUGGAAGGACGAGUUCGAGGGCGAGCGUGAGAAGCUCUCUCAGACCUACCAGAGCAAGCUGAGGGCUGAGCUCGAGGCUUCGCAGAAGGUCUACGAGCAGAAGCUCAAGAACGAGCUUCUCGAGCAGGCCAUCGCGCUCAACCGCCAGUUCGCCAACUCGGUCCACGAGCGCGUGGAGCAAGAGCGCCAGGGCCGUCUUGCCAGGCUCAACGAGCUUUCCGACGCUGUUGCCGAGCUCGAGAAGCUGACGGCUGAAUGGAACUCCGUCAUCGACUCUAACCUCCGCACUCAGCACAUGCUCGUCGCCGUCGAGGCUGCUCGCAACGCUGUUGAGAAGGCCGACCAGCCGCGCCCCUUUGUCGAGGAGCUCGCCGCCCUCAAGGAGGUCGCUGCCGAGGACCCCGUCGUCAACGCCGCUAUCGCCUCCAUCAACCCCACCGCCUACCAGAAGGGUGUUCCCACCCCCUCGCAGCUCAUCGACCGCUUCCGUCGCGUCGCCGCCGAGGUCCGCAAGGCGGCUCUGCUGCCCGAGGAUGCUGGUGUCGCUUCUCACGCCGCCAGCUUGGUGUUGAGCAAGGUCAUGUUCAAGAAGGGUGGUGACGGUCAAGGCCUGCCCGUCGGUAACGAUGUCGAGUCUGUGCUGACUCGCACUGAGAUGCUGCUCGAGGAGGGCAACAUCGACGCCGCGGCCCGUGAGAUGAACGGCCUCAGCGGUUGGGCCAAGGUUCUGGCGAGGGAUUGGUUGGGCGAUGCUAGGAGGGUGUUGGAGGUCAGGCAAGCGCUUGAUGUCCUUUCCACGGAGGCGAGACUACAGAGCCUGCUUGUAGAUUAA